AUAAGACCGAUCGCUAGACGGGAUUGAGGUUCAGUUUCGGUUCCGAAGGAGAUGGUGACUUUUGGUGAUGUAACGUCCGUCGUCUUGCUGUGUGGCGUUCUCGUUUCGCUUCAGCACGGAGUCGUGGUGGCGCAGGAUGCGGCUCCGGAGUCGGCCUGCAUGGCGGGUGUGGUGAAGCGGUCGGCGUGGGGGGCCGCCAAGUCCACGAACGUCACCUACCAGCUGAAACCGGUCCCGACUGUCAUCGUCCACCAUACGACCGGUGACCGGUGUAUGUCGGCUCCGGGCUGCCGGGAGUUGGUGCGCAACAUACAGACCUACCAUCAGACGCAGAACGGCUGGAGCGAUAUUGGUUACAACUUCCUGAUCGGGAGUAGCUUCGUGUACGAAGGCAUCGGAUGGCAUCGAGCAGGGGCGCACCUUCGAGGGCGCAACGACAAAUCCAUCGGCGUUGCAUUCAUCGGCAACUACGAUCUGGAGCGGCCGACCGCACGCCAGCUGCAGCUGCUGAACACUCUGCUCCAGUGCGGGGUGGAGCUUGGCGAGCUGUCCGACGAGUACCGGCUGUACGGGGCGAUGCAACUGCAGAGUACCAACAGCCCCGGCAAGUUCCUGCACGCCAAGCUGCAGGAGCACGACCAUUGGCGGGAGGAUAUCUAACACCAAUCCUCAGCGAUCCAUUCGAUUGGAAAUCACUAGAAGUAAAUGAUGAGCCAGAUGUAAUCUUCACCUUGCGUCGUAGUUUAAGACAAACCUUGGCCUAGAACACCACACCAACAAACGCUGACAGCACCGAAAAGGAAUCCGAACUCGUGUCUGCUGCUUCGAUUGAUUUUUGCAACUGAACACCUAGGGGCAGAUUGGGUAAGCAUUCUCCCCCAGCAAAAUCAAGUUUGUAAGACUUCCGAGAAGCAACGAUAGGAGGUACCAGAGCGCCGGCAGGAGGAGAGCUUAGAACAUGUUGUGUGUGUGUGUAUAUUAUAUACGUGUGUGUGUUUGAGUAAAAAUAAAAUAUAGGAAAAAUGGAAAACCCU